UUACUUCCGGUAGUCUUGCUGCACCGCUGCUGGCUGGUGUCAUAGAGUUACGGUUGUUUUCAGUGUGUCCAGCAGCCAGUGGCAGCCUUGCUUAGAGCUGUUCUUUUGGAGGAUUAGAGAGAGGAUGAAGGAGCUCAGGGAGGAGGAGAGAAGGAGAAAACGCCGGGCACACAGUCCAGAGCCAGCCUUAAUAAAACAGGAGAGGGUGAGCCCCCCAGCCAGGCCUCACCGGAGCCGGCGGAGCCCGAGCCAUGGCAGCAGCGCAGAGGAAUCCCUCCAGGGCCGCAGGAGGAGCAGAUCACCAGCAAAAAGGAAAAACAAGUCAUCUGGCAAACGAAGCAAAUCACCCAAGUAUAAGAGAAGUAGAAGUAAGAGCAGAAGUCCACCUCACUUGAUGGUUAAAGUGAAGCAGGAGAAACAAGAACAUUCUCACAGGUCAAAUGAGGAGAGACAACCCAGAGAAAGUUGGGAGGAAAAUCACAGACAGAAUAGAAACAGAGACCACACAGACAGAGGUCGGUAUAACAUUUCCCGGCCUAGAGAGAGAGAUCGAGAAGAACAUAAUUUGAGAGACCAGGCAGCAGAGCGGGAAUUUCAUAAUGAAAGAAGGAGAGAGAGACGCCAGAGAUCAGAGCAAGAAGAACAGUUGGAGAGUCAGAGUACAGAUCCUAGUAGUGCUCCGGCUAAUAAGGAGAAACCCAACUUUGAACUGUCUGGUGCAUUGUUGGAAGAUACCAAUACUUUCAGAGGAGUUGUGAUCAAAUACAGUGAGCCAGCAGAAUCUCGUAUCCCAAAGAAGCGUUGGCGUCUCUACCCAUUUAAAAAUGAUGAAGCCCUCCCUGUCAUGUACAUCCACAGGCAAAGUGCAUAUCUCCUCGGAAGGCAGAGACGUAUUGCUGACAUACCUAUAGACCACCCAUCUUGCUCAAAACAACAUGCUGUUCUUCAGUAUAGAAUGGUAUCAUUCACCCGUGCUAAUGGAACACUUGGACGCCGUGUAAGGCCAUAUAUUAUUGAUCUUGGUUCUGGCAAUGGAACUUACCUAAAUAACCAGCGCAUUGAAGCACAGCGGUACUACGAACUUAAGGAAAAGGAUGUACUAAAAUUUGGUUUUAGUAGCAGGGAGUAUGUGAUUCUUCAUGAGUCCUCCGACACUUCUGAAGUAGACAGAAAGGACGAUGACGACGAAGAUGAUGAGUAUGAAGAAGAUGAGGGUACUGACAGCUAGCAAACCUGCCAAGCUAGAAACUGGAAUUAAGGACUUCAAACUAUUAUUGUUAAAGGGGCCAGUAUGACAUUUCUCUGCAGAGUGCCAUGUUGCAGUCCUCUUUAUUUAAGAGAAAUUAUUAAUGCGGUUUCAGGAGAGAAAAAAAUGUACAUUUUUAUAUAUAUUUUUUCAAUUUAUUUUUGUUUUCUUUUUUGACUUGGUAAGCCACUUAGGAUCAAAGUGAUUUAAUGGAUAGUGACCAGUUCUGUGAUCCAGACAGACAGACAGACAGACAGACAGACAGACAGACAGACAGACAGACAGACAGACAG